UGGUCUGCUGGACCUGUCAUUUCCCUUUUCCCUUCCUCCAAAUUCUGUUAUCUUAACUUCCUCUUCUCCUGGCUCAGAGCCCAGCUCUCAGUAUCUGUAAGAAUGGAACAUCUGUCUUGUUUUUCCUAGGCCUUUACCGCGAAGAAGCCUUCUGUGGCAUUGACAUUACCCCACCCUGUUCAUAACCUGACCUCCCACAUCCCAACAUUCCUCCUGACUGCAAAUGCACUGUGACGUCCGGAUCACAUCUGAUUAGCAGGGAACUUCCACAUCUGGUGGCUGGGGCCUUGAAGAGGAGCUUACCAAAGGCUGGUCUGGAGCCAUCACAGUGCGGCAUACACUGUUGUGAUACAGUACAGGAUUAUGCCCUGGGCUUGAACACGAGAGGGAGAAGAAAGAUGACGACGAGGCCGAGAAAGUGGGGUGAGAAGGAAGAAAGGGUAGGCUGUGCUCAGGCUUGCCCCCUCAGAGGAGCCCAGAUGGCCCAGGGAAGGAUGACACAGCCGGAUGAAGCAGCUGGUGCGGGAAGGACGCUGGUGGCAGAGGAGGCUGAGGAGGGUCCUGGGUGCCUCAGUGACUCAUUAAGACCAUUGAGCUUGAUGCUGUCCUUUCCCCGUGUGGUGGCCUGCUCGCGGACCUGUUCCCGCUUCCUGGGGCUGAGCCUGGGGACCUCAGCCCUGUGUGCUGCCGGUGCCAACAUCGCGCUCCUCUUUCCUAACUGGGAUGUGACCUACCUGAUGCGGGGCCUCAUUGGCAAGCAUGCUGUGCUGGGCUCUGGGCUUUGGGGAGGAGGCCUCAUGGUCCUCCUGGCAGCGACUCUCACCUCCAUGACAGGCAGCUUCAGGAAGAGGGCCCCCUGCUUGCAGGUGCUCACCGCUCUGUUGUCAAGUGGCCUGGCUCUGCUUGGGGCUGUGAUUUCCUUUGUCACUUCUGGAGUAGCCUUGAAAGACGGUCCCUUUUGCAUGUUCGAUGUCUCAUCCUUCAAUCAGACUGAAGCUUGGAAAUUUGGCUAUCCCUUUAAAGAUCUUCACAACAGGAAUUACUUGUAUGACCAUUCACUCUGGACCUCCGUCUGCCUGGAACCGUCUAAAGCUGUGGUUUGGCACGUGGCCUUCUUCUCCAUCCUCCUGUGUAUCAGCCUCCUCCAGCUUCUCCUGGUGGCCAUCAAUCUUGUCAAUAGCAUUCUUGGUUUGUUCUGCAGCUUCUGUGAGAAGCGCUAGGUAUGGACGACCUCCCGUGAAUUGGUGCUGAGCAAGCUUCCGGCAACCUUUUCUGCAAGAAUAGGCUGUGAAUCCCCCUCAGGCCUUCCUAUAGGAUGAUAGCCCUUCCUUGCUCAAGAAACUGAAAGCCAUUCUGUGUUCUUUAAGAUGAUAUGGUAAUGCAGCCACAAAGUCAUUGCUGCUGUAUAAAGGAUCUCCGCUCGGCCUCUUAAAAAAACUUACAAAAGGGCUCAGAGGACGAGAACACUGACUGCUCUUCCAGAGGUCCUGAGUUCUAUUCCCAGCAAACUCGUGGUGGCUCACAAUAAUCUGUAAUGAGAUCUGGUGCCCUCUUGUGACAUGCAUAUAUGCAGGCUGAACACU